AUGCUGAAAACAGCUCGUAAGUAUGGUGUAGCGUUUGCACCUGCAAAGCUCUCACAGGACCUUAAAACCCAACUCCCCGCCUUCUAUCACCUCGGUGCAGCACCCCGUGCGUAUGUUGCGCCCCGCAUUGAAUGCCUCAUCCACAACCACCUGUCAAACGCCAAGCAAGUCAAACACCUACUCGUUCUCUCGGCCCGCCUCCGCGACAAUCCAGGGCGGGGACGCCACAACCCCACGAAACGCUGCGCGUGUCCCGCUUGCGCGCUGGACCGGCGACAUGGUUGCACCAACCCACACCGCUGCGCAAAAACUGCCGCUGCCAUACUUCAAUCUUUCUCAGACCUGACCAACAUGUCAAAUCGCCCUCACCCAGACAACUUAACUCUCACCCAUCGCCGCCUGGAGAAAAACAAACAAGCCCAUGCCGAACGGGGCACCAUCACCUUUGACCCCACGCUAACGGCAAAGAACAGUCUGGCGGAAUGCUUCCGGGUGUUCCUAGACCCAAAGACUGUAUCCACCUCACCUGCAUACCGUCUACGCACCCCUGCCACCGGCCUCAACCUCCCCCAUCAACAUAUAACAGUCUACACCGAUGGCUCAUGCCUACACAAUGGUAAGGCUAAUGCACGCGCCGGAAGCGGGAUCUACGUACGCCCCCAUAGUCGCUAUAACCGCGCAAUUAGGGUACCAGGCCCAGACCAAAGUAACCAAGCCGGAGAACUUACUGCUAUACUAGUUGCUCUACAAACAAUCCCCACCUUCCGCCCAAUAACCUUCAUCACUGAU